AUGGCGACAGUUCAUACUUCUCUUGUAAUAGCAGCAGUCAAGAAGUGGAAAAUUCAUCAUAUGGAUGUACAUAAUGCCUUCUUGCAUGGUGAUUUAGCCGAAGAGAGGAUAUAUGCAUUGGACAUUAUCUCUGAGAUAGGAUUACUAGGCGCUAAACCUGUCGAAUUCCCUAUGGAGCAAAACCAUCGUUUGGCAUUGGCAGCUGGACGAUUCCUUGAUGAUCCGGAGCGAUAUCAUCGACUAGUUGGGCAGUUGAUUUAUUUGGGUGUUACGCGUCCUGAUUUGGCUUACUCAAUUCAUAUUCUCUCCCAGUUUAUGCAACAGCCCGAGGAAGAGCAUUGGGAAGAGGAAUUACGUGUUGUUCGCUAUUUGAAAAAUAAUCUUGGCCAAGGGAUAUUAUUACAUGCUGACAGCACAUUACACUUGGAAGGAUGGUGUGAUUCUGAUUGGGCAAGUUGUCCAUUAAUGCAACGAUCAUUGAGUGGUUGGUUUGUUUUACUUGGUUAUUCUCCUGUUUCCUGGAAAACCAAGAGGCAACCAACUAUUUCACGUUCAUCAGCAGAGGCAAAGUAUAGACCGAUGGCAUCUAUUACCUGGGAACUGAAAUGGCUCAAACAGUUGCUUGGGGAGUUGGGUGUACAACACAAGAAGGGAAUGAGAGAAAUUGUCAUUUAG